AUGCCACAAGGAGUUGAAACUGGCUUUGGUCUCCGGUGGACGCCGUGCCUCCCGUCUCGGGCAGACGGCCAGAUCGGCGCCAAGAUGCGAUCGGUCGCCGUCGGUCGAACAGGUUUCUUCAGAGGCUCGUUCGUCGCUAUUGGCUCUGUUUCAACUAUUCCUCCAAUGUGGUGGCAACCAGCGGUGUUCUGUCAUCCGCCAUGUCAUUCGGUGAACUGUCACAUCGUUAAUUGCCAGUUACACGAAAAAGUUUCUGUGUCUAAAUUGAGGCACCGAACAUAA